CAUGUACCGAAAGUGUUGAAAUGCUCAGCGAUGACAACCUGAAGAUCCUUGCUGCCAUUGAACAAGGUGAUGUACUGUCACUCCAAAGAUUAACAGAGUCCCAGGCUGCCUUCGGGGAAGCGGACAGCAGCGGCUGCCUCCCCCUGCACAGGGCUGCAGUCCAGCCGCUGGCAGGGAUGCUGGAGGCCGUGCUGUACGCAUCACACAGGUUGAGCCUGGAAGAGAAGACCCUUGAAGGGGAGACGGCCCUGACGCUGGCGGUGCAGGCUGGUUUUCUGGGGAACAUGAAGGUGCUGCUAGAGAAAGGGGCGUCUCCACACGCCGCCAACAGCAGCAAUGAGUCCCCUCUCCUUCUCGCAGUGAGAAGCAGGUCACUCAAAAUGGCAUCUGCCCUGAUUGAGAGCGGUGCUCAGGCACAGCAGAUCUGUGGAAAGGGAUGGACAGCCAUGCAUGAAGCAGCCAGACUCGGCUGCUGUGACAUCGUGAUGCUGUUGCUAAGAAACGGGGGCAGUGUUUCUGAGACGGAUUGUCACGGUGUCACCCCGCUGGGUGUCGCAGCAGAGCACGCUCAGGUGGAGGUGUUGGAGACGCUCAUUCGUUACGGUGCAAACGUGAACACGCAGGACCACAAUGGGGAGACCAUCCUAAUGGAUGCUGCAGGCUCUGGGAACCCUGACUGUGUAGACCUUCUUCUGCAGCACGGAGCCAAUCCCAACCUGCCUAGCCUGACCGGGCACCUUCCCAUCCAUCGGGCAGCCUACGAGGGCCACUACCUGGCAUUGAAAGUCCUGAUACCAGUUACUUCCAGAAAAGCUAUUCGCCAGUCUGGACAAAGUCCCAUUCAUUCAGCAGCAGACGGAGGCCAUGCUCAGUGUCUGGAGCUGCUCAUAGCAUAUGGGUUCGAUGUCAAUAGCCUCCUUGAGAAACACAUCUCUGAGAACUAUGGGGACAUGCGAAGGAGCGCUUUGUAUUUUGCUGUGUCGCACGGCGAUACGAUCUGCACGGAGCUCUUGCUGAACGCUGGGGCGAAACCCGACAGAGAUCCUCUGCACUGCCUCCUGGUGGCCGUCAGGGCCGGGAGGUAUGAGAUUGUGAGGCUGCUCCUGGCCAAGCGGGCGGACGUGAACUGCUACUUCACAGUGGUCAGUGACACGGUGUUCCCCACGGCCCUGCAGUACUGCCUGAGGGACGAAGUGAUGAUGCGUCUGCUGCUCAACGGCGGCUAUGAUGCAGGGAGAUGCUUCUGCUGUCACCAUGACAACAGCUUCCAUACACAUUGCCCCUCAAAUGAUCUUAGGAGCCAGAUGUGUGAGAUAUGCAACCAAGAGGAGAAAAUCCCUUUCUGUGACUUCAUCAGUGUAUCGUGUCUGAAGCACUUGACUGGAACUGUGGUGCGGGUUCUACUGGACUAUGUGGGACACGUGUCCAUCUGUUCCAAGCUCAAGCUGACUCUGGAGAAGCACAAAGAGUGGCCUGAAAUCGCUGACAUUCUGGGUGAGCUCUGAUGGUCGAUCUCAGGCAAACAUGCAGAGAGACAUUUCAUUUACCACAA